AUGAAGACCAGCAUGGUCUUCAAGUCCCGCGCAGUCCGCGAGUGGCUGAAAGCGAGAUUCGGUAAAGAAACCCGGCAAUCCGGGACACGAGAGGUGUCACCAUCCCAACCUACCAACUUCAGACGUCAAGAGAUCUACUUUGAGAUCGACCAUGAAGGCAACGCCGUGAUGGUUGAGGAUCCAGCAGACGACCAGAACGACCCGCCGCCGCAUGCCAUAGGCAGCUGGGCACAACUUGCAAAUGGCGAGGAAUGUGCUCUUUCUUGGCCUGGUGUUGGCGGAUCAGAAGCCGGUUGGACCCGGCGACGACUCUUCAGCCUUGUCUUUGCUCUAGCCGUGGAGCCGCGCAUUCGUGCUGGACCCAGCCGCCUUCCAGUGGUUCGAGACGUCACAAUUCCUCGCUCCACGGUCGACACAAUCCUGGCGGAAAGACAGGUGACGGCAAAUCUCAACCGCGAUGUGCGCGCGAUCGUGGACGCGUUGAAUCAAGUCCAUCCACGUCCUGCAGAUGCGAGCAUGGUCGCCUAUCUCGAGGGCGCGUCGACCGUUACGCAGCUCGCAUUGUCAAAUGAGCUACAUCAGGGUAACCCGGUGGCGGUGCGAGAGAUCAUCCAAGACAUUGUGAGAAUGUACCAUGGUGCGCCUAUCGUGGCCGGACAGGGUGGGGAUUGGCAUCAACAAGGUGUGACCGUUGAUCAGCACGACCUCGAGCACAAACAGUCACACGUCCUGAGCUCGAAGCCAUGUUCGGCGAGUUCGGGAGAAACAUCCAAGUCAGUGUCAUCCGCAAGCCGUCAGUAA